AUGGAAUCAAGUGCAGCUAUUGCAGAAGAUCCUAAUUACAAUAUUGAUAGACAAGGUCUUAUCGACAAGACCAACAAGUGAACUGUCCCUCUCUACUGUGUUGAUGCUGUUACUACGGUUGACAGUGGCAUUGCUGAGAUCAAGUAUAGCCAGUUCUACUUUAAUGACAAGGAUGAACCUAUUGAAGCCGAACAUGUGUUCCCAACUAACACAGAUUGGACCUUUUCUCACUUGAAGGCUACUAUUGGAGAAGAAGUUCUUACAACAAAAGUGGUAGAAAAGAAAGCUGUCAAAGAGACUUAUACUGAUGCUUCAAACAUUAUUGACCCAGCCAGGAGCUCUUCUCUAUUUCCACUAACAAAUGACAUGAUGUCGGUUCAGCUGGGAAGAAUUCCUGCUAACACUCCAGUGUUCAUAUCUUGAGUUUUCCAGCAAAUAAUGCGAAUUGAAGAUCUAAGUCGGAGAAUUCAAGUUCCUGUGCAGUUGCACCCCAAACAAGUUGGUGAUUUGCCACAAUCCAUCAAAACAGAAACAAGUUUAGAAAAGAUGAUAAAAAUGUCCGAGCCAUUAAAAGGAAGUAAGUUGAAACAGAAAGUAGAAAAAGUUGAAAUGAUCUACUCAUCAAGCUCUUUCUUAUGAGACUUUGUUGUAAAGAUUAAGUCUAAGGAUCCAAUCACCCGUGUUAUUAGCCCUACCCACCAGAUCGAAGUGAAAUGCUCGAAUGCUAAGAAACUGAAUGCUGAAGUUAGCAUUCUAGCUUCAGAGCUAGGAGAAUUAUAUAGCAAAGACUUUAAGCUCUUGUACAGAGACCAAGGCAUAGACAAACCCAACGCUAUUCUUCAGACUAUGGACGACAUGUACGCACUAAUGAUAUCAAUGCUGGUUGACUGCACUCCUGAGAAAGAGUGGCAGGAAAAUGGAAUCGCAGUGGAUCGAGAUAUUGACCUUGAUCCAACAAUCAGAUAUUCUGAAAAGAUUGGAAAGCAAAAUAAGCAAGCAAGAUUCACCUUUGUGAUUGAUAGAAGUUCAUCUAUGGGUCGUACCAAGAUGGGAUUAGCAAAGGAAGCUUUAAUGCUGUAUAUCAAAAGCUUGCCUCUCAACUGCACAUUCAAUAUCAUGUCUUUUGGUAAAAAACACAGAUACCUGUUUAAUAGAUAUGCUCUUUAUCUUGAUUCAAUCUGUGAAAAAGCAAUUGAGAGAGUCAAAGACUUUAAAUCGAAUUAUGGCAGAACUCAUCUCUAUGAAUGAUUAGAGACUCUAUAUUCAGAAAAAGUAGAUAAUACUUUUGGAGAAAAUCAUGUGAUCUUAUUGACAGAUGGGCUAGUUUUACAGCCAGAUGAUUGCUAUGAAAUUAUUAAGAAAAACUCCGAUAGAUACAUUCUUAAUACCUUUGCAAUAGGAAGAAAUGCAGAUAAGCCUCUUCUUGAAAAAUGUGCGCAAGCUGCUGGAGGACAGUCUUUUUAUGUCGACGAUAAAUGCUCAAAAUUAAAAGAACAGAUUAUUUCCUGACUCUCAAAAUCUUUACUUCAUGAAGUUAGGAUUGAAGACCCGAGUGAAAUCAAUCAUUGUGGAAGAAAGCUCUUGGAAUUUCCACAGUUCUCAGAGCUCAAAUCGAAAUCAUUUGCUCAUGGAAAAUAUCUCACUUACUUCGUGAUCUUUAAUUCUCUCAAUGAGGCUCUCUCAGGGAAUAUUGAUAUAGACUGGAGCGAGGUAGGAACUGCAAACAAGAAUUCAAUUUCAUUGUCAUUGGAAAGAGACGUGAAAUUCAUUCCUGGAGAUUCUAUCUUCAAAAUGGCAUCAGACCACUACAUCAAAACAAACAGCAAAUUUGUUGUUGGAAGAAAACAAAUUCUCGGUCUGUCUGAUAAAUUCCAGAUAUCGAGCGAAUUCACAAGCUUGAUUGCUGUGAACAACAGAAACAAGAAAAAGAAGAUCAUGGAGGAAGAUGACUUCAGCACAAGAGCCAAAGACUUCAAUGAAGUAGAGUUUUCCGGAACUACGCCAAUCAGGGUGAAGAUCAAGACUUUUACUGGGAAGAAGCAUCUCGUCCAUUGUUAUGAAGAAACAUUAAUAUCUGAAUUAUUGGAAUAUGUGUCUUAUCUUCCUUGGGCUCCAGAUGAUGUUUCUCUCAUAAACUUGAUCUUUAAUGGAACUAAAAUGAGAAGUGGUCACGAUAAGAGACUCUGUUAUUACGAAGUCAAGAAUAUGGAGACAAUCCAGAUGCAGGAAAUAAUUUCCGACAAAGAAGGUCUUAUCUCUUGCAAACCUAAAUCUGAAAUUAGCACUGAUAGACUGGUAGAACUACAAAAGCAUAAUGGAUCUUGGGAUGCAGCCAUCUUAGAGCUGUUCGAUGUGAACCAUGAAUCGGUGAAAGCUUCUAUGCCCAAGGCACUCAGUAGACUCGGAGAUGACACUAAGAGCUUGUCAGUGAUGUACACUUGGCUAGGUCUUGACCUUAUUGAGAAGUAUUUCCCAUCCAAAGAAGGCGAGUUAUCGCUGAUCACAGAAAAGGGAACUAAUUUUAUAGAAUGAAUCACUGAUGGUAAGCUUGGAUAUGAUGAUAUUCACGCUAAGGUGAACUAUAAGGCAGAAUAAAAUUGACCAAAAAAGAGGAAAUUA